CUUGCUACGUUGCUAAAUUUGAAUUGCACAAACAGCCGUCCCCGCGUUCACGCGUGUAGGAAGCCCUUGCUUUCACGUUUUGACCAACGCGCGCGUUGCUCACCCUUCGCCACACCUCCGAAAGCAUUAGUCGCUCGACAAUAUGCAGUCACUUCCAAGGAAGCAGGCAUGCGUGCAGACGCAGCGGCGCAGUGUCGGAGCGGUCGGCCGCCGCGCGGUCGUCAUUCGCGCGCAGGCCGCGCCUUCCGCGCCCUCCUCGUCUGUUGAGUCCAUCAGCGGCGUGCGCCAGGAGGUCGUGGACGCCAUCGCCAAGGCCCGGCACAACUGCCUGACCGCCACCCACCUGCCGCUGCCCAACCGCCGCCAGGGCAAGGUGCGCGACACGUACGACCUGGGCGACACGGUGGUGAUCGUGACCACCGACCGCCAGUCCGCCUUCGACCGCCUGCUGGCGUCCGUGCCCUUCAAGGGCGCCGUGCUCAACCAGACCGCCGCCUGGUGGCUGGGCGCCACCGCCCACAUCGCGCCCUCCGCGCUGCUGUCCUGCCCCGACCCCAACGUGGCCGUGAUGAAGAAGUGCGCCGUGUUCCCCGUGGAGUUCGUGUGCCGCGGCUUCAUGACAGGCUCCACGGACACCUCGCUGUGGACGCACUACAAGGCCGGCGCGCGCAGCUACUGCGGCAACGACUUCCCGGACGGCAUGCGCAAGAACGACCGGCUGGCGAGCAACGUGAUCACGCCCACCACCAAGGCCGAGGACCACGACGUGCCCAUCAGCCCCGCGGAGAUCGUGGCGCAGGGGCUCAUGACGCAGCAGGAGUGGGACACGGUGAGCUCCGCCGCGCUGCGCAUCUUCGAGUUCGGCCAGGCUGAGGCGGCCAAGCGCGGGCUGCUGCUGGUGGACACCAAGUACGAGUUCGGCAAGGACGCCAACGGUGUGAUUCACAUCAUUGACGAGGUGCACACGCCCGACUCCUCGCGCUACUGGCUGGCAGACACCUACGAGGCCCGCCACGCCGCCGGCCAGGAGCCCCAGAACAUCGACAAGGAGUUCCUGAGGCUGUGGUUCCGCGAGCGCUGCGACCCCUACAAGGACGCGGUGCUGCCCGAGGCGCCCGCCGAGCUGGUGUGCGAGCUGUCCAAGCGCUACGUGUACCUGUACGAGAAGAUCACGGGGCAGCCCUUCGCCGUGCCCGACCUGGACACGCCCAUCAACGACCGCAUCCUGGCCAACCUACAGAAGGCCGGCAUCUGCAAGUAGAGGGCGCUGGGAGGGAGAGGAUUUUGGGGGUUGGGGGAGGGAGAAGUAGCCUUCCAUGCACGGCGUGCGAGGCGGGGGGGGGAGAGGUGUUGGAAAGCCGCCGGGGGCUCAGUGGUUGGGUGAGCUGAGGAGGCGUGGUCGUUGGGCAUCUUGGUUUUUGGUGCGGGUGCGGUUGGCAUGUUGGCCGGCGGUGUUGGGGGCUUGUUGACGGGCGGGGACCGGCCUGUGGAGGCCUGGAGGGGCUGGGCUCGCGUGCCGUGCCGUGACGUACGGGACAUUGCGUGGGCGCUGUGUGCAGGAAUGUGUGUGUGUGCUGCUACAGUGGCCACAGCUGUGAGCCUUUCUUCGCAGAGCGCGUGCUUGACUGGACUCGACAGUAUGCCGUGGACCCCUUGGCAGUGGCUACAGUCAAGUCAAUCCGAGCUGGUGAACAGCUUUUAUUUGGCUGUGCCGCUGGCCGGAUAGCUUUAGUUGACAGAGAUGAGACCCUCGUGUACGUAGUUGGACGUGUGAGGCAGGGCAAGGACAGCCAUACGAGCCAAGAAGGAGCUGCAGAAGGCAACUGCUGAGAAAUGUUGACAUACUACUGUGCUGUGCAAGGGUGGUACUGUGCGGUGCGGUGGGGAUCUGGGCACGGGCAUGCAUGCAUGGGCGACUCUUGUUGCAUGGCUGCACGCACACAGCGGCACUUGCAUGUGACUCGUGCGGCUGCAUGCGCGCGGGGCCCGGCU